AUGCUAACGUGGUGGCAAAAAGAGAGGACAGGAGUUCCUGAAAUCAAAUUCGGAGGCUUCGGCAGGAAGGAGCGAGCCGGCCAAUCGUCUGAGUUGGGAUGCAAAGAAGGAAACAACCACGAGAAAGAGAGAGCAGCAGCCCAAAGCCAUUGGCAAUCCUCAUCACAGCGACCUCAUCCUCUCCCACAAUUUUGUAUGACUCAGGCUCGUCAUACCGACUUCGGACAACAAGGUUUAGCAUCGGAGACACGAAAAAUGAACUUCUUUAGCGAAGAAGAUAUGGCUGCUGUGGGCGCCAUCUCCAACAUUAUGCAGCAGGGUGCGCAGAAGCGUAGCCUUGAUGACAACGCGGACGCCGCUGGAGGAAUGCGACCCAGCAAGAUGGCCCGUCCGGACCCUGCGGUUGCCGCUGCUGCUGCUGCCGCCGCAGCUCGUCCCACCAGGCCCGCUCCAGUGAUCCGAGAGCUCAAACCAGCUCCUUACUUUUACUACCGCGAUCACUCGCAGGAUGCGGACCCUGAUCCGUUGACGCCUUUGACUCCUCCUGGCCGCGUGCCCAACUUCCCGGCGAAAAUGCAAGCCAUUCUCAGUAAGAAGGAGUACAGUGAUAUCGUGGCCUGGUUGCCUCAUGGCCGCUCCUGGCGCAUCUUGAAGCCUCGUGAGUUCGAGGUCAAGGUGAUUCCAAAGUUUUUCGAACACUCCAAGUUCUCAUCGUUCAUCCGCCAGGCUAACGGAUGGGGAUUCCGACGCAUUACUCAAGGACGCGACCGAAACAGUUACUACCACCCGCUCUUCCUCAGAGGCCUUCCCCACCUCUGCAAGUCCAUGAAGCGUCCUGGUAUUAACGAGAAGAAGCAGGCCGAUCCCGACCAUGAACCUGACCUCUACGCUAUCAGCGAAGAGAAUCCUAUUCCUGAGAAGAACCAUGAUGACUCGGUCCUCUUGCACUGCACUUUGCAGGGAGGACCCAAGGCUCGCAUGCCCAUUUACUGGGGAUCGACCGCUGCCGCCACGUCAGUUCAGCCCGUCGUCCACACUACCGCUGCCCCCAAGGAUCAGUUGGCUUUGCAGUCCUUCCAACAGUCCAUGAACUCGUUUGACCAACAGGUGAUUCACAUGAAGCCUCCUUCUCCCAUGAAUGUGUCGCCCCCGGUGGUGGCCAAGCCCAUUGUGGCAACCAUCCCGUCCUUCUUGGCCAUGCCCACCACCGGUGCUCCUCCCACGGCUCCUGUCCCUGCGACGGUCCCCGCGGCGGCUCCUCAAGCAAAUCCUUUUGCCGCCCUUGCUGCUGCCAACCACAUGGCCUUUCCAAUGCCACCACAGAUGCAGAUGGCCAUGAAUCCUGCUAUGCCACAAAUGCAGAUGGCUGUGAACCCUGCAAUGGCUUCCCAGUUUGCCGCUGGCUUUGCUGCUGCCACUGCCAUGACCCAGCAGCAUUUCAACACCAUGUUCAGCAACAUGGCUGCUCAACAGCAGGGCUUUCAGCAACAGGCUGCUCAACAACAGACACAGGGCCAACAGCAAUGA